CUCUCUCUCUCCCCUCUUGUUCUUUUCCUUUACUCUUUUUUACCCUUAUUUUUUGUUUCUCACUGAUCAGAUCGUAGUACCGAAUUUGAUUUAGCUACAGAACGCUCUAUGGAACAAGAGCUUUACUACUUGAUUUUCCGGUUUCUUUACGAAGGACCAUGCCAAGAUGCAGCGUAUGCAUUGGCUCAAGAAUUCAAGAAGCAUCGCGAACUACUGCCUAAAAGUUCUUUGUUUGAUGGCUCUGGUAGUGUUGAAGGAGGUGGAGAAGCAGCCACACUACAACAACUGUCAGAGGCAUAUCCAAGGAUAGGGGGAGAUUACUUGCCAAAUCUACUUCGACAUCUUCUCCAUUACUUUAGAAUGACUCAGAGCCUGGAUGCGAACCAACGGGCACGACUGUAUCAGCAUGGCGACGACAAUCUGUUUACGUUGCUUUCUGCUUUUGAAGUCGCUCGUGCCAAUCCGACGCGUUAUACCUACAUGUCUGUACCUACUCGUGAUCUAUACCAUCUUUCAUUACAUGAAAUGAUUCAGGCGCUUGAAAUUGGCAAAAAAGUAACAAGGCCGCAUGAAAUGCCUACUACUAUGAGUACAUUUUAUCGUGAACGUGUCACCAUGUCUGGACAUCGUCAACAUGUUUAUUGUCUAGCAUUUGACAAGGCCGAUGCGCGUCUAUUUACGGGAAGUGAUGAUUUUCUCGUCAAAGUCUGGAACGUGCGUACAGGCCAUCUUGUAUACACGAUUCGCGGCCAUCAAAACGUCAUUACAGAUAUCGCCAUCAAUGAGGAAAACACGCUGAUCGCAACGGCUUCGUCGGAUGGGUAUGUUCGCGUUUGGAAAAUGGAGAACUUUGAACCAGUAGCACAUCUCAGAACACAGACAUCGGCGCAACGAAAACCAUUCACGACCGUCAAAUUCUCGCCAUCACCGAAAGCAGAAACGCGAUAUCUCAUGGCAACCAACGAAGAUGGUUUGGUACGCUUAUGGCGUUGGGAUAAAGAUACUUUAAUAUUCUAUGACGUCGACUCGCCUAUCACGUUCAGCUGCAAGUUUAAAGCAUCCGAUCGAUUACGUUGCUCGUCGUUUGAUGCCACAGGCACCCAUUUUACUGUUGCUGGCGAUGAUGGAUUCGUCUAUGUAUUCUCCACGGUCAAGGGCGACAGUGAUGGAAACCAUGUUGUCCAGACAAUCCAACAAGACGGUUCGGGAAUUCAGCCCGUUUCAUCAGAGUCAGGCCAACGCCCACGCGUCGUCGGAAGAGGACGACCGCGUGUCCCUAGCGCCUUGUUUCCAGACAAGACUGGAGCAUUUGAGGAUCAGCCUGUGAUACCCAUUGCCCAUCUGGAAGGACAUUUUGGAAGUGUGACGGAUUUGGCAUAUAGUCAUGAUGGCAAAAAGAUUUUAAGCGGCUCUCAGGAUGGUACAGCGCGUAUUUGGGUGUAUGACAAGAUCACCCAGACCUGGGAUUCAACAGUGUUGGACAUCAACAAGGAUAUUCUUGUCGCCCCCGUCGUGACAACUGACAGACAACCCAACAAAGCCCAUGACACCGAUUUCUCCGGAGUUGACAAUGAUGCUGCUCUAGAACUCGGAUCCUUAAUACCCCCUUGCUCCCCCAUACCAGAAGACCAGAACAGCUCUUCAUUGGCUGACACAUCGCGACAGGUCCCGCAAGAUAACAGCAAUAACAACAAUGUGACUACCAUGAACGUCGACAACAGCGAUGAAGUUGGAUUGAACGAAGCUGUUGAUCCCAUACCUUCUAAAGUAUCCAUGAUCACAUGGAGUGCUGAUGAUCGUGUGUGUAUUAUUGCGACAAGCCAAGGCGAACUCAAGGUGUACUAUGCACAUACUGGUAAAUUGGCGUGCGUGCUUAAGGGGCACGAAGGGGAAGUAUUUGCAGUGGAAAGCCACCCGACGAACCCAAGUCUUGUCUUAUCCGCCGGCUAUGAUGGAAGGGUUAUUAUCUGGGAUAUCAAAAGGCACUGUGCUAUUUCGUGUACGACUUAUCCAGGUCGCGUGUUUUUGGACUGCAAGUUUUCACAAACGGGUCACAAGUACGCCAUUACCGACGAAGAUGGUCGCUGUACCCUUUUCUCGAUAGAUGGAGACAGUGGCAACUACAAAAUGGUCAAUUCGUGGCACCGCGGGCAGUUUUUUUACAGCGACUUUCUUCCCGUAUCUGUUCGACCUGAUGGAAGCGUUGUCGAUGAACAAUCCCUGCGUCCAUUGCAUCAAGUCGAGCGUAGACCCAUCAACGACCAAAGUGGUGUCGAGUACCCCAGUCAAUGUAGAGAAGGCUACGGCACGAAUCUGCCUCUUCAACCAGAAGGUUUGGAAACUCGAAUUAAACAGCGGGAGCGAACAUAUGAAAUGGAAGAGGAAGAAUUCAAGAACGGCAAACCCAUUAAAAUGGAAGCUGUGGAUCGAUCACUCCUUGCCAAAAAGCGACGCAACUUUGUCAAAAACGACGAGGAGGAUGAGAGUGAAGCAACAUUAGCAGAAACUCAGUUCUUCCAACCGACCGUCUCCAUUCCGGCCAUUCUACUGCCCGACGAUUCGGAUGACGAGGAUUAUCACGAAGAAGCGAAUGGUGCUGCCUACAGCAGCGAGGAAGACAGUGACGCUGAAAUGUCUGAAGGUUAUGGAGGAGGAAGAGCAGGAGGUAAUGGCGAUGAGGAAGACGAAGAAGGUCCUGUCACGCGAAGCCGGGCUGGACGAGUACGACGAUCAUCGACUCCAGAGGAGUCAUCCGUGGGUGGAAGGGCGAGUCACCAUCGUACUCGAGGCACAUCCUCAGGUAGUGGUGGACGACGAGGUCGUGGACGAGGUCGUCGAUCCGGCCGUGGUAGACCACCUAUGCGUGAUCAUCAACGCGUGACACGAACAACGCGACGACGGAGAGCGACACUGGACGAUGACGAUGAAAUACCAGUUCAUAGCGACGAUGACGAUAUUGAUAUUAUGCACGGCGGUCGAACGGAUGAAGAGGAAGCACAGAGCGAUGAAGACGAAGAUAGUCCAGUACGACCACGACGACGAAGGGGAAGAGUACAGAUAUCGUAUCUCGAAAGUGAUCUUGAAGAUUCACCGAGCGAGUCUGAGCAGGAUGAAGCUGCUGAAGAUGACGACGACCAAGAAGAAGAAAAGGAAGAUGGCGAAGGUGACGAUGCUAUUGUGGAUGAGGAAGAUGAAGCGGGUGGAUCUUCUGAAACGCUUCAGCAACCGGAAGACGAUGAAGACUCGGAUCAUUCGCCAGUAAUUGAUCGUAAAGGAAAACGACGAUUACGUUCUUCCGGUGCAGCAGACAGUGAUGAUUAUGACGAUGACAGUGAAUUUCGAGCCGAAGCUUCUGUACGUGUCUCCAAACGUCGCGCGAUCGGACGACGGAAGCCAGAACGGGCACAGCCAGUAUCGCGCCCUACUGUUACUGCUACCAUUGGUGGUGGUGGUGGUGGUGGUGGACGAUCACAACGAGGCAAAACACGGAACCUGAGCGAGGAUGAAAUUCUUUACUAUGAGCCUAGAGAUUGGCUGCAGACGACGCAUCGCACAGUAACAAAAUACCAUCCGCAAACCAAUGACUAUGUUGGAAUUUUGACCGAAGGCCACGAGCAAUACUGGGAACAGUCCGAGCUCAAAUCUUAUUUUGACGAACGCCACGGUCCGAUCGAAACAGACGAACCCGUGUUAUUUGGCCAAGUGAUCGGCAUCCAUUGGCAGGUCGGACCACCGACAUAUUGUCGUUUAAAGUUACGGCUCAGGAAUCUGGUUAACAUCCGCGAAGCGCUGGCGGGAACCGCGGAUCCGAUUUGGGCGACCAAGUAUCGUGAUGUGACCAUUGACUUUAGCGAUGAGGAUGGGUGUCCAGAGUUCUUGGUAUUAUGGGAACAGUUUGUUGCGUCCAUGAAUAUUUUGAGGACAUUACGCGUUGGACAACGGGUGGAUGCAUUGUAUGAUGUUGGCAAGUAUACGGGACGGAUUGAAUCCACGAAGAGUGGCGCAAGCUGGCGUCGUGCACGUCUUCCUAAUCCGUGGACAUAUUAUCAUAUCAUUUGGGAUGAUGAAGAAUCGUCGCCAGAAGAUCUAAGUCCUUGGGAGAUUGUGCCUUCUGGUGAAGAUUUCUAUGAGCGAUACGAUGUGGGCAACACACUCUCGAUUGCAGAAACGAAGCGCGCACAAGAUAUCAUCAAUUGGCUAAUGCAGAAUUCGGACUUUGAGCUCUAUGUACAUCAAGUCGACUACUACCAGUACCGCAACUAUCUACCCCAGAUCGCUUAUCCAAUUUGCUUACAAAUGAUUUUGGAACGGCUUAAUCAUGGAUUCUAUAGACAAAAACAGGCUGUCAUUGAUGAUGUUGAAUUGAUUCGAAAAAACGCACAGAAAUACAACCAUGAAACUUCAGCAGCCAACAAGGAUGCGGUACGGAUGGCCAACUUUUUUAAGUCAAGAUUCCAGAACCCACGCAUGCCGAUAUCGUGGUCCAAGGUCCGUGGACGGCGAGCACAAGCGCAAGAAUCCGACGAAGAAUAUGAACAAGUAGAUGAAGAGGAUGAGCAUUCGCCGAGCAUGGAUGAAGCUCCACCGGAAAGUCCCGGUGAUGAAAGCGAAUUUGUCGAUGAUGACGACGAUGACGGUUAUUGAAGACUAUGUCUAGCUAACUAAAACAAAUUAUUAACACAUAUCCCACGCACGCACGCACACACACCACCUCCUUUCACUGAAAAACAAAAGAGCAUUGUAUAUAUGUACCAUCAUAAACGAAUUCAACUACACACCCAUUAGCACCAAACAGCAAGCAACUACAAUUGUAUUAUCAUUCUAUAAAGGCAUUAUAAUAUUUUUCUAAAU